GAGCAGAGCAGGUCACAGAGCUGAUCAGAGACCAGAGAGCAGUCCAAACAUGAAGCUAUUCCCAAAGUAGCACCCCACCAUGUUACACACACUACACACCUCCCCACCAUGCUCUCCAUCCAUACACAGAUAAGGCAUCGCUUGCGCUGUUCGGGUUCGGGUUCGCAAUGCCUUGGGCGGAGCCUGAGUGCACGGCCAAACUACUUCGAGUAUACCCGUCGGAGGGCUCUCGCCAAAGAUUCGAACGACACAGAUGCAGAACCAGCUCACCAUGGCCGCUCAGAAGCUCCAGCGGAUCCCACCAUCAACCAACCACCGCCAGCUUUGGACCUCCCUCGGCUGGAUGUGAAAUGGCAAGAGAUUUGGCAAACCAGAGCGAGACGGCGGAUGAGGAAGAGUCAAGAUGAGACUUUAACCAAGUCGCAGAGGUUAGACGCGUUGAGGAAAGAGCAGUAUCAAGACAGAAGAAAUGCAAGGGACAGAUUGGUGCGGGGGCUUGCCACACCAGAGGCGAAGAGAAAAGAGAAAAAAUACAUCCUACCCAUGUUUCCUUACCCUUCUGGCGACCUUCAUCUGGGUCAUCUCCGCGUCUAUACCAUAUCAGAUGUUCUAUCUCGCUUCCAUCGCAUGAAAGGCUACGAUGUCAUGCACCCAAUUGGAUGGGAUGCCUUCGGUCUCCCUGCCGAGAAUGCGGCCAUAGAGCGCGGGAUUGAUCCGGCCUCAUGGACCAAACAGAACAUCGAGAAGAUGAGGAAACAACUUGAAGCCAUGAACGGGAAAUGGGAUUGGGAUCGGGUAUGCUCAUGCUUCAAUCUUGCCCAAGUCAGGGCCAGGUAUCCAUAGCUGAUGAUAUGUAGGAAUUUGCAACCUGUGAUCCCGCAUUUUACAAACAUACUCAACGUCUGUUUCUGCUGCUGCACGAAAAUGGGCUAGCCUACCAAGCGGAGUCCCUAGUCAAUUAUGACCCCAUUGAUAAGACCGUUUUAGCGAAUGAGCAGGUGGAUGCCAAUGGCAAUUCCUGGAGAUCGGGAGCAAAAGUCGAGAAACGAAUGUUGAAACAGUGGUUCUUCAAGAUAUCAGAGUUCCGACAGCAUCUACUUGAUGAUCUGGAAUUUUUGUCAAAAGACGAAGCUUGGCCCGAAAAGGUUUUGACCAUGCAGAAAAAUUGGAUUGGAAGAUCACAAGGCGCACGAAUCAAGUUUCCCGUUACUGCUUUUGAUCAAGAAACCCACACCGAUAUUGAAGUCUUCACGACUCGACCAGAUACACUUUUCGGUGUACAAUAUCUUGCGCUUGCAUCUACACAUCCCAUGGUGAAAGAGUUGGCGAAGACGGAUGUCGAACUUCAAGCAUUCCUUGAUUCUAUACCAGCCCUUCCCCCAGACUCCAAAGUUGGUUAUCUACUCCCAAAUAUACAAGCCACAAAUCCACUUGCAGGUGAAGAGGAUGCACCAGAACCCAUCAAAGCUUCCUUACCCAUUUUUAUUGCGCCAUAUGUGCUUGGAGAUUAUGGCGACGGAGCAGUUAUGGGGGUUCCGGGUCAUGAUGUUCGUGAUCAUGGGUUCUGGAAACAUAAUAGAUAUGAUGAACCCAUUCGGACCGUGAUAACUUCGUCACCUGAUGAAUCCACGAUUAUUGAGAGACAACCAUUUCUUCCCCAAGGUCUGCUCACAUCACAUGGUGGUAACUAUGCAGGUCAAACUUCAGCCAAUGCCUCUGAUAUGAUACUCAAAGUGCUAGAGGCCAAAGGCCUUGGGAAAGCCGCAGAAACGUGGCGUCUUCGGGAUUGGUUGGUCAGCCGUCAGCGGUACUGGGGAACUCCCAUUCCGGUUAUACAUUGUGACGAUUGUGGCCCUGUUCCAGUCCCUGCACAUCAACUCCCCGUGAAAUUGCCACCAGUGCAAGAACAUUGGAAGAGAGGAAAGCCUGGGAACCCACUUGAAGAGGACUCUAAAUGGUAUACAACUUCAUGUCCAAAAUGUGGCAAUACCGCCAAAAGGGACACUGAUACUAUGGAUACCUUUGUGGAUUCAAGUUGGUACUUUAUGCGAUUUCCAGAUUCAAGCAACAACCACAUCCCAUUUUCUCCUGCCGCCGCCGAGAAAUGCCUUCCGGUUGAUAUAUAUAUUGGGGGUGUAGAGCAUGCGAUUCUUCAUCUUCUUUAUGCAAGAUUCAUAUCAAAGUUCAUUGCGAAGACAGGGUCUUGGUCAACGGGCUGGGUACCAGGACCACGUCGGAAACGCAUAACAAGAGUCACGAAGUCUUGGCCAACGGGCUGGGGGCCAGAAUAUCGUGGGGAACCUUUCAAAAGAGUCCUGACGCAAGGAAUGGUUCAUGGAAAAACAUAUUCCGACCCUUUAACUGGCCGAUUUCUGAAGCCAGAUGAAUGUACGAUCACAAAUUCCAAGCCUAUCAUGAAUGCAACCGGCAUGGCUCCUAACGUCAGUUUCGAGAAAAUGUCGAAAUCCAAGUACAAUGGGGUGGAUCCCACCGUCUUCAUGAACAAAUAUGGAGCGGACGCAACGAGAGCACACAUUCUCUUCCAGGCACCAGUAGGUGAGGUUUUGGAAUGGGAUGAGCAAAAGAUCUCGGGCGUGACUCGAUGGCUUAACCGUAUCUACGACUUUCUCCAACAGCACCUCCGUCCUCGUCUAGCUGAGCGAGAAAGAUAUGUCCCCAUCACCCAUUUUAAUCCCAAACUUUAUUUCAUGGGUAGGUCAGACUGCAGAUCGGCCUUCUAUGAGAUACCCCACGACGAAUAUCGUCGGCUUACCAGCGUUGAAAACCGUACUUCCAGGGAAAAGCUUUAUGAAGAAAUAAGUCGUGUGGUAUUACCAGAAAUCCAAGCUACCGACGAGGAAAAUCGCAAACUCUGGCGUGUAGUGCAGGAAACCAUCAUCAACGUUACGGCCUCUUACAAUAACGGAUAUUCCCUCAACACGGUCAUCUCGGAUCUCAUGACCUUGACAAAUGCCAUAUUGGAUACGUCGAAACCGAGAGACUUAGUCUUUGAGUACCAGGCUACCGUGGCACUAAUCAAAAUGAUGGCUCCCAUCACCCCAGCCUUCGCGGAAGAAUGCUGGGAGACAUCAUCUUUGAAAUUGGCUAAUAAAAUAAAGACCAAGAAAGUCGACCCGGAUCUUCUCGUUUUUUCUAUCGCCGAAGCGCCGUUCCCAGAACCGGAUGGGACUUAUGAGUUUCUGGCGCCAAAGACGCGACCUUGUGCUGUGCAGGUUAAUGGGAAACUGAAGUUUGUCGUUAUACUUGGGAUUCCGCCGGAGGGACUUGCAGACGAGCAACUGGAAAAGUGGGUUGUGGAUUGUGUUUUGGAGAGUGAGGAGGGGAAGGAACGAUUGUGUGGAGGAGAUGGAAAGGGCGCUGUGAAUGUGAAAGCAGCUAAAAAGGUGAUUGUUGUUCAACAUGGGAAGGGAGUGAAUUUCGUGCUGUGAGGUGAGAUGUGGUUUGUUGAUAAAGGGAGAGGGUAAGAUUUGCUUGGUUAGAUGUACUAUACUGUGUUGUAUUGUAUUAUAAUCUGUAGAGUAGACAUACCCGCGAUGGAGAUCAAUGGAAUAGACAGAAUAAAUGGUAUUCCUGACUUAUACCUUGCCCAUCGGUAGAUGUACUGUACUCCCGCCGCUCCGUUGGACAGGAGUAGGAGAAGCACGCACGGGCCAUGUUCUCGCUUAAUUCACGAGACAGGAGACGGACACCGACAUCUCCAACACCCGCUGACAAACCUCCCAUACCAGACAUCCAUUUCAACUCCACUCCGUCAACCCACCCCGCUGAUUUUGCAACAAUGGCGAGUACACUUUCUUCUGAGCAGAUCGAUAUCAUCAAUAGGACCCGAGAUGCAUGUCGUGGUCAAACAACGAUAUCACAACUGCAGAACAUUACGUCAACGGAGCGAGAGGUGAAGGAUUCAUCUCCCGUGAGCCGACAGACCUUCUUUGCACCCAAAGAUGAGAACAAUAUCUCACAGAUAAUUUACAACGCCAUCCAAGCGCUCAGUACGGGAAACGAAAAGGUCGAGCAAGUUCCGUUAGCCGAUGUUGAGAUCAGAUGGACUGGUGCGCCAGGCGCUCCGAGCGAGGAGACGUCAACUAACGCACCCGUUUCUGAAAGAGAAAGAUAUGAGUCCGUGAAUAGGGGUGUCAAGCAUCCGCUGACGAUUAUGUAUUUUAUUGGAGGGGGCUUUUAGUAUGUCUCCCAGUUUUGGGAGGGUCAUGUACUUACCUACCUGUUGUAGUAUGAAUGUUCCCUCGAGAUAUCAUUCCACCACGAGAAAAUUGGCGGAAUUGACAGGUGGACGAUGUAUCUCGUUUCGCUAUCGUCUUUCUCCCAAAAACACUUUUCCGGCAGCUCUUCUUGAUGCGUUCUUUACUUACUUGUCUUUACUCCGGCCUAGUCCUGGUGACUUCCAUACGCCUGUCAAGGCUUCAUCUAUCGUCUUUGCUGGUGAUAGCGCUGGGGCUAAUAUUGCUUCGGCUCUUAUCCAAUUGAUUUUAUCAGCCAACAACAGAGGAGAUAAAGUGCUAUUCAAUGAUAAACUGGAUGCCAUCCCCCUACCGGCUGGCAUGGCACUUCUCAGUGCAGGUCUUGAUAUGACCUAUGCCCUCGGUCUCAAAGAAAAUGUCAAAUACGACAUCUUCCACGGCGAGUGGUCAUUUCAACUACCCAAAUUCCCAGCGUGUCUAUUAUGGCCCUCGGAUCCGCCCCGUAGCCACAUCUACAGCGAUAAAAGCAUCAUGUGUCACCCCCUUGUAUCUCCCUGCAUCGCUCCAACCUGGAAAGGAGCGCCACCCAUGUGGCUCGCAUGCGGACAGGAGGUCAUGGCAGGAUCUGUAAGGCUGGCUGCGCAAGUCAUUUCUCAGACUGGUGGACAGGUUGUGUAUGAGGAGUAUGAGGAGAUGCCUCAUGAUUUUGCGAUCAUGAGUGAGAAUUGGCCUUUGGCUUUGACGGGGGAGUGGCCUCAGUCUAUUAAGUGUAUGGAUCGGUGGGCUAGAGCUUGUUUGGCUUUCUUUGAGGGGAGGGAGGUGGAGAGUAAAGCGGUGUUUGUGAGAACUAGUGGUGAGGAAGAUGGGUUGCAGCUGGGGACUUUGUCGUCAACUGAUUUACAGCAGUCGAAAGAAAAGAUGAUUGAGAGGAUUGAGGGUUGGAAGGACUGGACGGGAAUUACCGAGGCAACUGAGUAA